AUGACCCCGAGAGCAUCUGCACCCCUCGCCACUACUCUCCCCCUCACCCCCACGCGGGCAGAAGCGGGUUCCGCCCCCGCUGUCAAUCCAGGGAAGUUCCAGGCCUGCGGGCCGGAUGUGACCUCCGCUGGCUUCUACCUCUGGGAUCUGAGAGAAGCGAGUGCGUCUUUCUGUGAGGGGCGUCUUGAGGGCGGCAGAAGGCAGCGGGCCCAGGAGAGGGAGACCCAGGUCCACAGAGAGGGUCUCAGGUUUAGCCCUGCCAGGAUCAAGGGGAGGAAGAAGAAGGAGGAUUCAGGAGACCUUGGACUCCAGGUAAGGACUGUGUUCUCAGAGGACGACUUUGAGCCAACAAAAGGAGCCCCAUCAAGUCCACAAAUAAAGUGGUCACUGAAUCUGCCAAGAGUCAGUGUCUUCAGAGAACAGGCCACGCAGUAGGACAGGAGCCCCAGAAGGCCCAAGAGGAUCACUGGAGGAGAAGGCCUGUAAGUAGGCGUUCGCCUGUGGUUCCCCGUCACCCAGAUCCUUCCCACAGUGCUGCCUGCUGAUCUGACUAGAGUCACCAUGCCUCUUAGGCAAAGGAGUCAGCACUGUAAGCCUGAGGAAGGUCUUCAGACCCAAGAAGAAGCCCCCGGCCUGAUGGGUGCGCGGGAUCUCCCAGUUGAGGAGCAGGAGGCUGCCUCCUUGUCUUCUACUCUGAAUGCAGGUACUCUAGAGGAGGUGCCUGCGGCUGAGUCACCGAGUCCUCCCCAGAGUCCUCAGGGAGCUUCUUCCUCCCCCACUGCCAUGGAUUCCAUCUUUUGGAUCCUAUUUGAUGAGGGUUGCAGCAGCCAAGAAGAGGAGGGGCCGAGUACCUCGCCUCACCUGGCAGACCCUGAGCCCUUCCUCCAAGAUACAUUACAUGAGAAGAUAAUUGAUUUGGUUCAUUUACUGCUCCACAAGUAUCGAGUCAAGAAGCCGAUCAUGAAGGCAGAAAUGCUGGAGAGUGUCAUCAAAAAUUAUGACGAAUACUUUCCUGAGAUAUUUAGGGAAGCCUCUGAAUGCAUGCAGCUGCUCUUUGGCAUUGACGUGAAGGAAGUGGACUGCUUUAGCCACUCCUACUUCCUUGUCACCUCUCUCGGCCUCUCCUAUGAUGGUAUACUGGGUGAUGAGCACAGCAUGCCCAAGUCUGGCCUCCUGAUAAUAGUCCUGGGCAUAAUCUUCAUGGAGGGCAACUGUGCCUCUGAAAAAGUUAUGUGGGAAGUGCUGAGCAUUAUGGGGGUGUAUGCUGGGAGGGAGCACUUCCUAUUUGGGGAGCCCAAGAAGCUCCUCACCCAAGAUUGGGUGGAGGAAAACUACCUGAUGUACCGGGAGGUGCCCGGCAGUGAUCCCACAUGCUAUGAGUUCCUGUGGGGUCCAAGGGCCCACGCAGAGACCAGCAAGAUGAAAGUUCUUGAGUAUAUAGCCAAUGCCAAUGGGAGGGAUCCCACUUCUUACCCAUCCCUUUAUGAAGAGGCUUUGAGAGUGGAGAGAGAGGGAGUCUGA